CCGAGUGGCAGGUGGCGGAGGCAACCGCACUGGUGCACACACUGGACGGCUGGGCCGUGGUGCAGACGGUGCUCCUGCCCACCAAGACGCCCGACAGCAAGCUCAUCUUCGGCAGAGGGAACUUGGAACAGCUCACGGAGCGGAUCAGGGCGUCUCCAGAAAUCACGUCCGUGUUCCUGAACGUGGAGCGUAUGUCCAUCCCCACCAAGAAAGAGCUGGAGGCGGCCUGGGGCGUGGAGGUGCUCGACCGCUUCACCCUCGUGCUGCACAUUUUUCGCUGCAACGCCCGCACCAAGGAGGCGCGGCUGCAGGUGGCGCUGGCUGAGAUCCCCGUGCUCAGGGCCAGCCUGAAACACAGCACCGCUCGCCUGGACCGGCAGGGCGGAGGCUCCCGGUGCAUCAUGGGCUCAGGCGAAUCCUUCCUGCAGCUGCAGCAGCGACUGCUCAGGGACAGGGAGCUGAAGAUCCGCCGGGCGCUGGAGCGGCUUCGGGGACAGCGCAGGCUGCUGCGGAGCCGGCGGGCGCAGCGCGAGUUCCCGGCCGUGUCCGUGGUGGGCUACACCAACUGCGGGAAGACCACGCUGAUCCGGGCCCUGACGGGCGACACAGCCGCGCAGCCCCGGGACCAGCUGUUCGCCACGCUGGACGUCACGGCCCACGAGGGCCAGCUGCCCUCCCGCCUGCCCGUGCUCUACGUGGACACCAUCGGCUUCCUGUCCCAGCUGCCGCACGGCCUCAUCCAGUCCUUCGCCGCCACGCUGGAGGACGUGGCCCAUUCGCGCUGGCCGGGCCGCAGCUCAGUUGGCUGCACCAGGAGGCCACCGUUCAGGACGUGGCCGUGCAGCCCGAGGCCGGGGCCGCGCUCGUCACCGUCGUCAUUAGCAACGCCGCCUACGGCAGGUUCCGGAAGCUCUUCCCACAAUGAAGGCACCGGCCGCACCCAGGAGCUGUCCUGACUCAGCCUCAGAGCGAAGCAGGCUGGCAGAGCUGUGUUCUCCCUGGGCCCGGGGACACCCAGCACUGGGAGGCUGGAGCAGGAAGAUCUCUGUGAGUUCCAGGUGGCUCAGGUGUGACCCCCGGUCCUGUCUCCCUGCCAGGCGGACAGAGGUGUCCCCAGAACAGGACAUGUGGGAGCUGCUUUGAAACGGGGCCUGUGCUUCUCCUCCCUCACAAGCGGGGCCGUGACCCCCGAAGUCUGCUCGCUCCUGUGACCUCACAGCAGGAAGAAACGGGGGCAGAGCUUAGUUUUCAGUUCCUUUUCAUUUAUUGUAAUUGUGUGAUCUAAAAUUU